UCCUGCGCUUCGCUGUUCUUUCCGCGUUCGCCUCUUGGACGACGAGUCGCAACUAUGACCGAAUACCCUGCUUGACGAAAAUCGAGAAACAACUUGAUGAUUACAAUGAAUUUACUUGCAUUCUUUGUUUUGGCUGUGCAACUAUACAGCGUGACGCCUGUCAUUCACACGUUCAAUUAUUUCCAGACGGGCUCUCAAGUUGCAAAGCUACCAGAGUACUGGGAGGCCGCGUAUGUUGACGGCGUUCAGAUUCUGCACUUUGACAGCAACCACAGGAAAGCAAAAGCGAAACAAGACUGGGUGGACAAAAUCACAGAAGAUGAGCCGCACUACUGGGAGAGAGAGACGGCGGGCAGUAUUCAUAAUGAGCAGGCCUUCAAAGUCAACAUUGAAAUCCUUAAUAAGCGCUUCAACCAAACUGGAGGUGUUCACAUGUUUCAGUGGAUGUACGGCUGUGAAUGGAAUGAUGAGACUGGGGAGGUUGAUGGUUGGCAGCACUUCAGUUACGAUGGAGAAGACUUCAUAUCAUUUGAGCUGAAGACGAUGAGCUGGAUCGCAGCACAUCCGCAAGCUUUCAUCACCAAACUCAAGUGGGACCAAACAGACGGGUACAAUGAAGCCUGGAAGAAUGCUCUCACUGAGGUGCUUCCUUCCCUGUUGAAGAAGCACGUGAGCAACGGGAGGGAGUUCCUGACCAGAACCGAGCUUCCCACGGUGUCUCUCCUGCAGAAGACGCCUUCCUCUCCAAUCACCUGCCACGCCACGGGUUUCUACCCCAGGACGUCGGACCUCUUUUGGAGGAAGGACGGCGAGCAGAUCCACGAGGACGUGGAGAUGGGGGAGACCCUCCCCAACCACGACGGAACCUUCCAGACCACGGCCGACCUGAAGGUGGAGCUGACGCCUGCCGCGGAGGGCCGCUACGAAUGCGUGUUCAAACUGGAUGGCGUCCGGGAGGAGAUGGUCACCAAGCUGUACGCCAAAAGCAUCCUGAGCAACGUGCGCAUCCAGGAAGAGGAAGACAGGAAGAAGGCGGUGGCCAUCGCUGUCCCGCUGGUGGUCCUGGCUCUGGUGGCGAUGGCGGUGGCAGCGGGGGUGUUCCUGGCCAAGCGUCCCAAAAGCCAAAAAGGUGAACGACGACACAAAUGUUUGCUCCGUUUGUGGCGAUUCCUAAUCUCCUCUCGCUUCUCUUCCAUUUCAGCCAAUUACGCUCCAGCUUCCAGCGCCUCAUCUUCUGAGCAGGAUUGAAUGAACCUCACUAAGGUUGAAGGGAUGUCUUCUUUUCUUGGGUGCCACGCUUGAUUGAAUCAUCGCAUUCCAACUGUAUGAAAUAUUUGGAAAUGUUUCUUAUUUCAAAUUGAAGUGCAACAGUUUUACAAGUGCAGUGAAUUCUAAUUGUAUUUACUUCACUAGUUCUUCCAAAUACCGCUAGAGGGAGCCAACAUACCACAAGUAAUAUCUGCAUCACACGUUGCUUUUUUUUAAGUGCUUUUUUGUUAAGCGAACUACUGAUCAAUUUGAUAUGAGUUUGAGUAUCAUUAUAAAAAUGUUUGAAAUGAGGUUUCUGGUCACUGUAUUUUCACUUGUGGAUAUAUAAUUUAGCAAGGAUAAGCAAAAAAUUUAUGAUAAAGAACACGUCUUUUUUCUGUUGUCUUCUAAAAAAAAAAUACAAAACACAUUCCUAUUUACAGAGAAGUCCAUGUGGAGUUUAUUUUGUUAUUUUUAUUUUAUUUAUCUCCGUCAUUGAUGUGUAUUUUGAUCAAUAGACAAUUCAACUUUAGCAAGUAAACGCAUAUUUACAUAAUUAUGCUUGAGAAGGAACAAGAUGAAGAAAAUCUUAUAGUUCCUGCCCCCUUCCACAUAAUAAUAAAAUAAAACAACAUAAUAAGUGCAAAA